GUUUUGUUUGAAAAACCAGAAUUUUUAGAUCAUGGGUUAAAGCUUUCCUGAGUAAUCUUUAUUGAAGUGAUUGAACAUGCUGCCAAGUGUCCCACAGUCUGGUUUCCUGGGUGGCUCAGCUGUUGAGCCAACCUCCAUCAUUGAGCUCACCAUUUCAUGCAGGGGAUUAGCUGACAUGGAUGUUUUCUCCAAAUCUGAUCCCAUGGUAGUAACAUUCAUACAUCCAUUUGGUGAAGAUAGAUGGGUUGAAGUUCAUCGAACAGAGGUGAUACAAAACACAUUGGAACCAAAGUUCUCCAAGAAACCAGUACUGACAUACAACUUUGAGGAGCAACAGAAAGUAAAAUUUGAGGUGUAUGAUAUUGACUCUCCAAGUGAUAUGCUGUCUGAUCAUGACUUCCUUGGUCUUGCCGUGUGCACCCUCGGACAAAUUGUGUCUAGUGGCAUGCUGGAGCUGCCAUUGCAUGUGAACAAAGGCAAAAAGUGUGGAACUAUUAUUUUGACAGCUGAGGAGUUGAUAUUCUGUAAACAAGAGGUUGAGUUGCAGUUUCUUGGGAAGAACCUGGACCGCAUGGAUUGGUUUGGAAAGUCAGAUCCAUUUUUGGUGUUUCUGAAAAGUACUGAAUCUGGUCAGUACAGUGUGGUUCACAAAACUGAAGUUAUAAAAAAUACACUCAAUCCAACCUGGAAAUCCUUUCAGAUCUCAGUGAGAGAACUGUGUAAUGGUGAUAUGGACAGAAAUAUCAAGGUUGAAUGUUAUGACUGGAAUAGAAGUGGGAACCACAGCUUCAUUGGUGAGUUUUAUAUGACUGUUCGUCAAAUACUACAAGGACCUGGUCCUGCAAAUGAAUUCACACUCAUCAAUCCGGCUAAGAAACAAAAGAAAAGUGGUUACAAAGGAUCAGGAGUUAUUCACCUCAUGAACAGUAUCUUGAUAGAACGUCCAUCAUUCCUGGACUUCAUCAAGGGAGGCACAGAAUUGCAAUGCACCAUUGCAAUAGAUUUUACAGCUUCCAAUGGUCACCCUUCAAGUCCAGAUUCUCUUCACUACACUGGAGGAAUGACUCUCAAUCCCUAUGCAGAUGCAAUCCAGGCUGUUGGCCAAAUCAUACGUGAUUAUGACACAGACAAGAUGUUCCCAGUCUUGGGCUUUGGGGCACGAAUACCUCCUGAUGGGAAGGUUUCCCAUGAAUUCUUUGUCAACUUUCAUCCUACAAACCCAUAUUGCAAUGAUAUUGAAGGUGUAUUAGCUGCUUAUAGGAACUGCAUCUCUCGAGUGCAGCUGUAUGGGCCAACAAACUUUGCUCCAGUGAUAAACCAUGUAGCAAAAUUUGCAGCUACUUAUACUGAUGGGUCUCAGUAUUUCUUCCUCCUCAUCAUCACAGAUGGUGUCAUCACAGACAUGCCACAGACAAAAGAAGCCAUCAUACGUGCAUCAAUGCUCCCUAUGUCAAUUGUCAUAAUUGGAGUGGGGGCUGCAGACUUUGCUGCCAUGGAAGAGCUGGAUGCUGACACAGUGGCAUUAACCUCAGGGAACAAAGUAGCUGCAAGAGAUAUUGUUCAGUUUGUCCCUUUUCGAAACUUCAAGGGUCCUCAAGUUGGUGGACAGGCAUCUAUGCUACAAUUGGCAAAGGCAGUUCUGGCUGAGAUACCUACCCAGUUUUUGAGUUACAUGAAGGACAAAGGAAUUAAACCCAAGCCUCCACGGACUGACACUCACAGCCUUCCUCCUGACCCUGAGGUACUUCUCUUUGGUGAUAAGGCAGUGGGAUUCAUGUCAGUGGCACAACAGUGUGUUUCU